GGCAUUCUUGUUGUUUCGGGUUGGGUUCAGUCUUCCAUGUUCAUUUGGCGGAGUCCCUGAGAAAAUGAGAGGCACACCCAGCGGAGUUUGUAUUUGGCGGACCUUUCCUCUGGCCAGGAUCUUGUGGGCACGCCCCUCUUCCACUAAAUUGUUUGUUGGAGGUCUAUCUUAUGACACCAACGAAACUGUUUUGAAGGAUGUUUUUGAACAACAUGGUGAUAUAAUUGAAGUUAAAGUAAUUUGUGAUCACAAGAGUGGGAGAUCAAAAGGGUAUGGGUUCGUUCAGUUUACUUCUGAAACUGCAGCCAACACAGCUCUCAAGGAAAUGGAUGGUCAGUUACUGGACGGCAGGAAUAUUCGUGUCCAUUUUGCUCACAAGUGAUAACAUGGAUUUCAGGGACGGUGGAAUGAAAGGCUACUUGGAAGGGUGACAAGCUGCCCAACCAAAUUCGUUGCUUUAUGAAUAAUGUACUAUGUUAUGUUAUCCAUUUCUGCUGUUAACGAAUAUUGAAUUGUGUUCCAAUUUUUCCCCAUGUAUUAAAGUUCUCUGGUAUUUAGAUGUUCCACCAUUAGGGACCUACAAACAAUUCCAUAUCCAAUUUAUUUCUUCCGAUCAAA